CAAUGUAGCCCAAAUCCAUUAGUUGUUGAGAUUUAGAAACGAGCAUCGUAUAUUUUACAAUGUUCCUACCCACACGGUAGUACAACUCUCCAAUUGGAAGUGAGUUGAUACUGGAUAGGAUAAUAAAAGCCGGAUUUUCCAGUUAAUCUUCCAAGGAAGGAAGGAACUGACUCAGAGUAGUUAUGGCUUCAAUCCCGUGGACUAUAACUUCCACAACCAACCUCACCUUAACUCCUAAUUUAUCUACUUCUCUCCCCAAAUUGAACUCCCAAUUUGUGGGUAGAAGAAGAAAUAGUAGGCUUGGUUGGGUUAGAUCUUCCUCUUGUAUUGGUCCCUCCAACGGGUCCAGAGCCAAGUGUUGGUUCAAAUUUGGCAAAAAUGGUGUUGAUGCUGAAGGUGCUGGCAUUUAUGGCAGUCAGUCCCGGGAUGAUUUUGAUAGAGAUGAUGUUGAACAGUAUUUCAACUACAUGGGAAUGCUGGCUGUUGAGGGUACAUAUGAUAAAAUGGAGGCUCUUCUAAGCUUAAACAUUCACCCAGUAGAUAUCUUGUUGAUGAUGGCUGCCUCAGAAGGUGACAAGCCAAAAAUUGAGGAGUUACUAAGAGCUGGAGCUAAGUAUGAUGUCAAGGAUGGUGAUGGAAGAACAGCAAUUGAGAGAGCUCAAAGUGAUGAAAUCAAGGACUUCAUUCUUAAUUUUUCAGUUCAAAAAGCAUGAUAUUCAUACAUUUUCAAGUAAAAGUUUAUUGUAGUUUGGUUUUGUUUUUAUUUUCUAGUUUUCUUAUAGCUUAAUCUAUGGUACCUGCUUUUGCCAUCGAAUCGAAAUACUUUUUCUUUUUCUUCCAUGUAGCAACUUGAAUUUACAUUCUUGUCUACUUCUCUGUUUUUAGGAUUAAAACUUUGAACUUCUGUGUAGAAAGAAAGAUAUGAUUGAUUUGUAAUUAGUUGGAAGAAAGAAAAGUUCCAAAAUUAGUAAGAUGAUGUUAUAUA